UGCAGUUACCGUGUUGCUCACGAAUGCACCCUGCGAACAACGCGAAAAUGGUGCCAAUUAUUUACAAGCACUCAAUUUGGUAGAGUAUCUUUUGUGCUGGAGCCCAGACAGUUUAUGACCUUUCAGGAUAUUCUUUCCUUCGCUGUAGCCUAGAUCCCACGUUGAUCACGAUGGUCAAAAUAUGCAUCACCGGAUGUCUUCAUGGUGAAUUAGACCGUGUGUAUGCGGACAUCGCAGCUGUGGAACAAGCGGGCCAAUUCAAGACCGAUUUGGUGCUUUGUUGUGGCGAUUUCCAGUCCCUUAGAAAUCCAGUCGAUCUGAACGGAAUGAGCGUCCCCCCUAAGUACUACGCUAUGGGCGAUUUCUGGAGCGUGAUCACUCGUCGAAUUGUGCCGGUCACAAAGCAGAUUUCAGUUACCCACCACACUAUGUUACCGCAACACCACAGAAAUUUUACCGUCAUUGAACGCUUCGAUUUUCCAUCGGGAAACAUGAAUCUCCGGCUGCCUUGAUACAGGUACUACGCAGAGGAGCGUCACGCACCGAUACUCACAUUGUUUAUCGGUGGAAAUCAUGAGGCGUCGGCGUAUUUACAGGAGUUACCUUUUGGUGGUUGGGUCGCACCGAACAUCUGGUAUAUGGGUUACGCCGGGGUUGUGCAAUACGCAGGUUUGCGCAUUGCGGGCAUUUCCGGUAUUUUCAAGCAGCACGAUUAUACGAUGGGUCACUAUGAACAUCCGCCCUACUCUGAGUCCUCGAAACGCUCCGUGUAUCAUGUGCGAAAUUUGGAAGUAUUUCGUUUGGGACAGCUUCGUCAUCCGGUGGAUAUUGUCCUCAGUCACGAUUGGCCGCGUGGAAUCUACCACUAUGGGGACACGAAGGACCUACUUCGUCAUAAGCCCCACUUUGCCGAUGAAGUCAAUUCCGACGCUCUGGGUAGCCCACCUGCUGAACAGCUGCUGUGCCAUCUCAGACCACGAUAUUGGUUCUCAGCUCACCUGCAUUGCAAAUUUGCUGCCGUCGUUCAGCAUUGCGAUUCUACUUCUGAUCAACCUCAAAUUACCAGAUUUUUGGCACUUGACAAGUGCCUCGCUAGACGGGAUUACCUUCAGUUUGUCGACAUCGAAGCUCAGUCCGCUUCCAAUCAGUUGUCUUCGUUUGGUGAGAAAGGCUCGAACAAGGAGGCUUCGGAGGAGGUAGAUGAUUUGUUUAUAGUCAGUCGUCCAUCAAGCGCAUUUCCAGACUCAUCGAAUCUUCCACAGAAUGACGAAGAUAACGAAGUCGUAGUCACUAAUCUCGAAGAACCAACCCAAAACUUGUUUCUCGACCCGGAAUGGUUGUGUAUAUUGCAGUCAACUAACCACUUGAUGUCUACCGCUCAAGUGCCCUGCAUCUUGCCUGGUCGGAAUGCACACGAAAGGUGCGAUUUCUCCGCUACAGUUGAGCAGAUUCGCUCGCUUCACGACACUUUUGGCAACGACUUUACCGUCCCUGACAAUUUUGAACGAACCGCCCCUAUUUACAAACCUGAUGAUAUCAGUACUCCUCAUUCGAAAGGUUUUCCUCGUACCCUGGCACAACAGGCUGCGAUGAAACAGCAGCCGAUAUUCUCCAAUCCGCAAACGGAGCUUCUCUGUGCCAUGCUGGAUUUGAUAAAUCCGAACGCGUUGCUUCUCGGUCGCGAGUCUUAUAGUUUGCAGGAGCUGUCUUCUCUCUUAAAGGAGAAAAAAGGUCCUGAAUCCGAAGACGAAGGAGGUGAUGUGCAAGAUACCAACGAACACGAGGAAGAACAAAACGAUGAUGACUCAUUGGCGCUUCCUGCUGGUGGUCUUUUGGAUCAUGGAGCUAGCUGGGUGUCUUCCACUUACUCGCAAUCGCGGGUAGAUGCAUCGGAGUAUGACCCUCUGGAUAGCGUGUGUAUGUCACCCCGGCAGCAGCUGAAUAUGAAUCCUUCCCAAGGCGAGCUCUCAAGCGCUUGUCAAGGGGAAUAUCGUCCAGAAAUCGAAGAGGGUGAGGAGCAGCAAGUAGACAAGAGAUACAUCGGUGACAGUUGUCACAUUCUUCCAGGUCAAGCAUCACCUUCUUCAGUUAAUGCUUACAGUCCACAACCUUUUGCCAUCCCCUCUGACGACAAACCAACCGAUAAGCCGGUUGUUCUGACAGAUGAAAUCUAUUACACUGCGAAUGGUGCGGAUGUAGAACGUUCUCUGAAUUCAGAAGAAAUUCCACUUCCCUCCUCAAGUGACGACGAUGACACGACUUGAGCAGUCACUCAAUUUGUGCAAUUAGAAACAUGUAUUUAAGCAUUUGGCGCCACUAUUUGUUGAUAGAUAUUUAGUCUUUCUACUUCUUUCACCUUUUGUUUUUUUACACCGUACGCGCCGGAUGGCC